AAUCCUCAAGCGCCGGAAACGUGCUCGCGAACGCUGAUGUGUUACUUUGCUUUGGAAGUAUAUAGGGAUUAUUUAGUAGAUGUUUGGUUUUGAAGACCAGUCUUCAUAAAGUAGAUACAGUCAGUCUAUUUAGAUGCCUAAAAGAAGAGGCGUUAUACGGUGGUGAAAAAAGCCCCAACAGCAAAAGGAGAACUCAGGGGAGAUGGCGUGCCGUCAUGUACCCUAAGUAGCAUGUGUCUCUUUAGCCAAAAGGAAAAGUUGGAACCAAAGGCAAAAAACAAAUCCACGAUGAAAACCAGGAUACUCUGAAGUUCUAUUGCAGGAUUAUACUGGGAGCAAACGCUAUUUAUGCAGCAGUCAAUCUCUUGCUCUUUUACAACUCAUCUACAUUUUGGACAUGGGUAAAACACAGUUUGAUGUGAUUAAGCAGCACCAAAAUACUUCACAGCAGUUUUUUCUACUGUUUGCAAUGGUGGUCUAUAUUGGCAGCUACAAAUCUAUGUCAGCAAUGGCCAAAGCUGCAUUUGCUGAUGAUGGCAGCCUGCUGGAUGGAGGGAUAGACCUUAAUAUGGAACAGGGCAUGGCAGAGCACCUCAAGGAUGUGAUUCUUCUUACUGCUAUUGUUCAGGUCCUCAGCGCUCUGUCAUCCUACUUCUGGUACCUCUGGCUCCUGGCACCAGCAAGGGCUUUGCAUUUAUUAUGGGCGAACUUCCUGGGCCCUUGGUUUUCUGCUGAUUCACAGGCAGCCCCUGAAGAGAACGAGAAAAAUGAUAAGAAACAGAGGCGACAGGAAAGACGUCAGAUGAAGAGAUUCUAGACUUGUCCACAUUUAAUUGUUUUUACAUUUAUUGUACAAUAAGAAAGAACACAUAAUGUAAAUGAUUCUGAGACAUUUUAUAUGACAGAUUAGUCCAGACCAGUGGUUCCCAACCCUGUUCUUGGAGCCCCCAACACUACAUAUUUUGAAAAUCUACCUUUUCUGACACACCAGUCCAGGUCUUGGAGUCUCAAAAAUGUGUAGUGUUGGGGGGGGCCUCAAGGAAGAGGGUUGGGAACCACUGGUCCAGACAAUAGAUGGGCACUUUGAAGUGUCUUCUGCUUUUUCAGCUCCCACUUGUCAUCUACUGUUCUGUCCUUAUCAGCUUUUUGGCCAGUCCCGAACUUUCUUGCUCAGGUGUACCUCGGUCAUAUCUGCCUGUUGACUGGGUUUCCAGAUGUGUUUUUUUUUUUGUGUGUGUGUGUUUAACUCGCACAAAUGCCUUUGCUUACUAUAGUGAGCUACUGUUUCCACGAGGUCCAUUUGUCAAUUAAAGGUAAAGCUGUUGGUGCAGCAGACAACUACUUAGCAUGUUGCCCUUGACUAUUUUGUCCUGAGGUUGGAUGAGGUGCAAAGUUCAACCACCACCAAGUUACACUGCACUUCAGUUUGGCUUUCCAUUUUAGUCUUUGGGUAAAAGUAUAGCUGUGAACGUUAGGUUGCAGUGUAAGCACAUCCUGUGCCCAAUUCUUUAUCAGAGGUGAUUUAUAUUUUGAUAACGUAUUGUCUGUGAUGUGAUGCACAGCCUGGUGCUGCCUUGAGGGAAGAAUGCAGAAUGAAAGAUAGUUAUGUACAUGUGAGAGGAUAAAGGACUUUAAUAAAGGACAAGUGAAACUGUACUGCUUUGUAUCUUUUGGGUGGGUUAGUAUGGGUAUAGGACAACUUCCAUGUGACAUUGCAGUGUUGACUGGCUUUGAAUACGUGUUUAACAUUUCAAUGGACUAAAAAUGUUUCUGAACAAUAAGACAUCUCACAACUUGGUAAACAUGAUAAUACCCAAUAAUAUAAAUAAACUGUAAUAAAAUGA